UGAAGCCAAUUUUUAAUGAUCAGGAAAAUCACGGAUUCUAUCACUGACGAAUCAGAUCAUAGAAAUUUGAAUCAAAGACUGAAUCCAAGACCUACAGUAUAUAAAGCCGAUGAUGAUGAACAUCAAAUCAUAACACCUGAAGACACUGAACAGAACAACAACAAACUUCACAAAGUUGAAGCGACCAUUGGAGAAGAAAUUAGAGAUCUACCACUCAAAGGCAAAUAUAUUACAAUGGGAGCUAAAGUAAUGAUACAAAUAGUUAUACUGAUCCUUGUACUUGAGUGUGGACAACUACAGACAUCUUACAACACAGACAUUAUCAACAGCAAUGUACUGCAGCCAGAGGCUGCCAUAUCAGCCAGUGAAGGCCUCAAUACAAUGAAGAUAGAGUGGUCAACACUGAUGAACCAGAACACUCCAAUGGGACUAAGCAUAUGUCCGACCUGCAUGAUGUAUGAGGAGGCACUGACCCUAAGCACAAGAAUACUCUCUGAAGCCAUCAACCACGUUCACCUAAUGAUGACAUAUUACAUACUGCCAGAAAGAGCCAACAUUAGAUCAGCACGUAAACCUUCAAAAUUCAUUCUCCCCUCUGGUGUAUUAUUGAUUCUGUGCCUGGGAAUGAGUCUCAUAAAGAAUCUAUGA